AUGGUGACCACUGCGAGCGUAUUUCUUAGUGGUGUGCGCAGCCGUAAUAGCGUAAUUGAAGAUGUUGCUAUCGAUGAACUGGGAGAAUUAGCGCACUCUGCCAACGGAAAGGCGGAUGCGUCUGCACAGGGUAACACACAGAGUACCCAGUCGCAAGGAACCGCUGCCGAGGCACCUAGUCAGGAGGGAGUAGCAAAAAAGAAACGUAAACUUAAGAGGCAGCGUUCAGAUAGUGAUUCUGAUGAAGAAGAAAAAGCAGCUGCCGCCGCGGCGGCGGCAGCAGCCGCGGCGGCUGAACGCCUCGCCCGUGAGGAGCAGCGCAAGCGUAAAGUCAUAAUAGAGAACCUAGAAGCGCUUGACUCUUUCCUGAAGAUUUCAAAAAAUAUGAUUAAAGCAGCUGUUUCUGGCAUGAGCGGUGACUCGGGAGAAGGCGAGGAGCAGAUACGAGGUGCCAUAGCGCAUGGUAGCUGCACAUUCAUCCGAACUCACGCCGAUUUGAAGGUAUUCGAGGCAGCAGAUAAGUUCAAGAAUUUAAAGUUAUAUCAACAAUGCGGCGUGCAAUGGUUGUCCUUGCUACAUUCCGUAGAAAAUGCCAAUGGUAUCCUAGCAGAUGAGAUGGGUCUCGGUAAGACGGCACAGGCAGGAGUCUUCCUUAGUUACCUUUAUGAAUCAGAUAUAUCUGCACCUCCUAAAGACUUUAAGUCCACACUUAAAGGAGAUGGCACUAGUAAGAGGUCGUCUCUCAUUUUGGUACCUUCCUCGGUCCUAGAUAAUUGGUGUAAAGAGCUGGGGCGCUGGGCCCCCAACCUAAAGAAUCAUAUAGUCAAAUACCAUGGACCACCUGCCAUGAGGUUCAAAAUUGCCUGUGAUGUCGUAGAAGAUGUCAAUAAGGGCUCUUUUGUGAUACUUAUCUCCACAAUGCCGACAGUUUCUUCCAAAGAGGAUAUCCGACUUCUACGUGGGCUGCGUGAGUUCGAGUACAUGUUGGUAGACGAAGCCCAUGCGCUCAAAAAUAGCGAAACUAUUGCCUAUCGCAGACUAAAUGUCUCCUUCAAUAUUAGACACCGGCUACUCCUCACCGGUACACCAGUACAAAAUAGCCAAAGUGAAUUAGGCAACCUUAUACAAUUCGCUAUGCCUGAAACUUAUGACCAAAUCAAAAUUAAUGCGGGAAUCAAUUAUCUCAUCUCGAAUUAUGACGAUGCCGUCGCGGAGUUCCCCGACCUUGCGUCACUGGUAGAACCAGCUGAAAUAGAAGCUUAUAAACGUUCUCAACCCGCUGCUAAACCAAAACCCACAGGAAGACGUGCUCGUAAAUGCAAAGGUGUUGUAGAUGCCGUUAUUAUGGCGCAGAAGUUGAAGGAGUCGAGUAACGGCAAAAUAACUCCAGAUAAAGAAGGGGCCGCGACCGGUUCCGCCGAUGAUUGUGAUGCCACACAACUGGUCGAGACGGCCAGGUCUGAUGAAGAUACUUCUGAAAAUGUUGUGGGAACAUCGUUGGUAGGUCAAGCUUCGCAAGAUGCAGUGACCCAGCAACCUGUGAUCCAAAGUGACCAAAAUCCAAUCGAUAAUACCUCUGAUGAGGAGAAGUCGGAAUCUGGUCAAGACCCUGAUCUGGAUGCCAUAGAAGGGUCACAGUCUGAUGCCAGGAUGGAUCCAUCAAUCCGUGUGCUCCAACGGCUUAUUGCACCAUUCAUCCUACGCAGGAGGAAGCGUACUGUUAUGCAUGAGCUUCCGCCUAAACAUACGUUUGUGGUACGUUGCAAAAUGACAGGUAUCCAACUUGAGCUCUACUUGAAAGAGGUAGAUACUAAGGUUGAGCAGAACCGUGAUGUGCUGGCCCCAAAGUACAAAGUGACCGAAAAUGAUAUGCGUAAUGUAUGCAAUGGUAGUUCUAAAAAUUACGCAUUAGGUCGUCGUGACGAUAUUCUAGUCAAAUCGCUUAUUUUCAGGAUGCGUCGAAUAUGUAACCACCCGCUGCUAAUCGGUGGCGCUUUUUAUAAGGAGGAGCUUUUGAAAAAGUUGAUCAAAUUCUAUGCAUUAAAGGUGGAAGGGUUCAAGGAGAACCCUAUAGACCGUGUGGACAAAGAGAUACGUAGCUGGAGUGAUUUUGAAUUACACCGUUCUUUAGAAUCGUUACUUUCGUUUGAGCCACGAUUAGAACGAUACAUGAUCCCGAAGGAACAGUUUAUGGCAUCGGCCAAAGUGAAUGAACUGUUUAAAAUCAUUGAGGGUGUUGAGGCCAAGAAGGGCAAAGCAUUGGUAUUCUCUCAGUUUACCAUGUACCUCGAUCUACUGGAGGAAUGCCUGAGGCUUAAUAAGCCUCAUCUAUCAUUCCUAAGGUUAGACGGUGGAUAUGAUCCGGCAUCUAGGACAGACGUCGUUGAUCGUUUUACCAACGAUGAGAGUGUGACCCUGAUGCUUAUUUCCACCAAGGCCGGUGGCAUAGGUCUGAACCUUACCGUGGCCUCCACGGUAGUUUUGAUGGAUCAGGAUUGGAACCCUCAUAAUGACGCACAGGCAGAAGAUCGAUGCCACCGUAUCGGACAGACACAGCCCGUUGAGGUGUACAAACUUCUCUGUGAAGGAACUAUAGAGGAGUAUGUAAUGGAAUGCUGCCAACGGAAGCUGAUGCUUGACGAUGCGUUUAGUGGGAGAGCUACUGCCAUGGAUUCUUAA